UCGGAGUCACCUGGCCAUCAACACUGAGCUAAACCACAUUUCUAAACUUCCUGAAAGCAUCUCUUACCUUCCACAGUAAGUCGAAGUCCUCUGCUAAACAUCUGGUUCAUUGUGUCCUUCUCACCUGAAGCAAUGCUGUAAUAGAGCUCUCCAAUGAGCUCCACGAUCAAGACAUUCUUUGAUUCAUUCGAUACUGGCUUUAAAGUCUUACCGCAGCAGAAGAAGAGAGAUGAUAAUACUGAGAAUCACACUAGAUGCCUUUCUAUUCUUGUUCAUUUCUUUUCUGUUUCCUUUAAUUUCUUUAUUUGUAUUGUGUGUGAGUGAAUGCUGUCUGAGAUAUGAUUUCUCUCUAGAGCCAGUGAAGCUUGAUUUAAUUCCGUGUUGACCAUUACACUGUUGAUUCCUUCAAAGGGUAAAUGAAUCAAGUUUUAGGAAAACGUUUUUUUUUAUAUAUUAACAGAAAUAUUUUAUUACAAUGAAAUCUUUAAAAUUGCAUUGUAAUAUAUGUUAUAAAAUUUAAAAUAUAUUUUUUCAAUAGUAUUUUACAGUCAGUGGUGUCCGCAGCAGUUUCAUUUUACUAUCACUGUUAAUCAUUUCAUUUUGUAAUUAUCCAAUUUUAUUUAUAUUUUCCAUUUAUUUUUAAUUUUAGUUAGACUUAUUUUAUUUUUGUCUACUUAUUUUUUAUCUCAUUUUUUUAUUUUUUAUUUUAGUACAUUACAAGUUAAACAUCAUACAAAUUUAGAAUAUUUUUUAUUUUAUUUCAGUUAUCUUUUUAGAAAACUUUGUAGUUUUUAUGAUUAUGAUUAUUAUUAUUUUUUAACUACAGUAUAUAAAAAUUUAGAUUUUUUUAAUUUGUUAUUUUAUUUCAGCUAUUGUUUGUUUUACCCCCCCCCCACCUUUUAUGGUUUUAGUUAGUCAACAAUAAUAACGAUGCUGGGCAGGCACCGUGUUAUUUUUUUGCUGUUUUAUACAGUCAUAUCUUUCUUUUUUCAAAUUAACAGUGAAUUAUUUACAUUUCAUAGUUUAUGUUAGUGAGGUCUAAUAGGUUUUUUUUUAAUCCACAGAUGCAGUGCUUUGUUAGUUUGUUUGACUUCCAUAAUAUAAUAUAAUAUUGGAUUAACUUCUUUUUACUGGAAUGUAAAGAUUGUAUGAAGUGCAGACAAGAUGCAAAUACACAAUUGCUAUUGUGUUUAUUUAUAGUUUUCCAUGAUAUAUUUUUCCAUUUCUGUUAUACACUAAAAAUUAUCAAUAUGUGGAAAACAUAUCUGACUGUUAUUCGGUUAAGGGGGACAUAAAAACAGGAAAGAGCCGUUGGUUUACUGGCACAGACAGAUGUUUGUUCUAUCGCAACACUGCCAGCACUUCUGCACAGAUCUCCUGGAGCCAGCUAAUCCAAUUAGAGCAGAGUUUGCAGCUUUUGCAAUGCAAGCCAGAAAUAUUUGAACAUUAAAAAGCUAGCUUUCAUGAAAUAGACACUGAUGGAAAAUAGAAUGCAUGAUAUAGAAUAAAAAAGUCUAUUGUUUUCCAUAAAUAAAGUUCACUUGCACAAGGGUGCAUUUAAGAACAGUAAAUAUCUAAAACAUGAUAUAUAAUGCAGCAUUUACAUUCAGUCGUCAAACAUGUGCAUCUGGUUUCUUGUCUGAAAACCUGCAAUAAUAAAUUCCAGUGUCAGUUUGUAAAGUUGUGAGGAUUUGUAAGAAGUGACGAGGGUUUAACCCUUCCCUGCUUAAGACGGAUGACUAUAUAAUCCUUCAACGUAGUAAAAAUUAAUAAUAAUAAUAAAAUAAAAAAAUUAAAUCAGCAAUAUUAUUUAAACAUCAAAUAUCAUAUAUUGAAUUAAAAACAAUUACAGUGCAGUGCCAGAUACAGAAGAGAAAAAAGCUUUAUGUUGCAGCUUGUGUGAAGAUCUCUUGUUUUAUUAUCUACAGUAUAUAAGUCAACUUGGGUGAGAGCUGUUCAAGUUUGGCUGUCUGUUUAAACUGUUCUGUAGGAGGCUGAGUUCAGUCCUUACGGUUACACGAGUCUCUCAGGAGAAAUGAAAUGGCUGGGGUCAUGACCCCAGAAAAUGCAGAUACAUGCAGAUAAUAAUAAUGCAUAUUUUAAAAGAAGAAUAGAAGAUAAACACCAUUCUAUGGAAGCCGUUUCUACACACGAAUAAAAAUAAAAAUAGGCAAAAAAUAGUUCUUAUCUCACAAUUCUGACUUUUUUUCUUGCAGUUUGCAUCAGUAAUGUGUAGAGACAGAUCGCUGCAGUGCUUCAGUCCAAGAGAAGCUCUUCUGUGUUGAUAUUACACUAGCAGGCUCGCAGCUUAUACACAAACACUCUCUAUUCAUGUGCUAAAUCUAAUAACCCAGAAAGCACUUGCGUCAUUUCUGGGGUUGAUCGAGAAGUAAAGGUCCAACUAGAGAAUGCAGUAUAACUGCUAACUACAUUUUGCAAUAAUCUGUAAUUAUUCCCUGAGGUUUUGUUUGGAUUUUCCAGGAGCCUGGCCACAAAAAGGGCACGUGUGUCGCUCUCAACUGUAAACAAGCGCGACCUUGUUACUGUCCAUUUAUCACCAUCUUCAUCAGUCGUCGUUUACAUAAAAUGUCUGUAACGUGUAAACAAAUUUUUUUUUAAAUGUUUAUUGCGAUUCAAUAGUCCUAUGAUGCGACAGUCAUUUAUAAAAGCACAGAUACUCCAUGUAUAAAUAUUCUCAAAAUAAAUAUGAGAAUUAGAAAUGUUAGUUGAUUGAUAAUAAUGUGUCACACUACAUACAUUUGUCAAUUCUUGAUAUUUAUAUAUCAGUGCUACACAAAUAUCAUUAUACAGUCUGGCAUGUUUUAUGGUACCAGCUAUUAAUAUUUCUAUGACUGACUAUGAUAUAAUUAUGUUUUAGAACAAAAAGAGAGAGAUAAAAAACACACAUAUACUCAUUUCCCAUUUUUAUGCAUUCUUUGUAUGUCUUGUGAAUGCACCAGUUGUUUAUCAUCUUCUCCAUUAUUAAUAAUUAACAGAACAUUAAAUAAGAAUAUGUGUGCAAACGUACUGUGAGUUUCUCAAUCUGGAAUCUCAACCCAAUGUUUUCUGCCCAGAAUAGACACAGAUGGAAUCUAGGGAUCUGGAGUUCAAAUUCAUUAGGUUAGUGAUGAGCAUUUUUGAGUUCUGGUGCAAAAUGCCUGUCAGAGCGCUUUGCUCUUGCUGCUGGGGUUAAAGCGGAGGGUAGCUCUUGACGUUGUCAAUGUACACAUGCAAAUUUUAAAUGCAAACAAAGAAUAAGAGUAAUGUGGAAAGAUGGCUGGGUGUUGCCAGCAUUUCCUUUAUGAACCAUGUACUGAUAUAUAAAAUACUAGUCUAAUACUAGUCUUUUUUUAUUGGAAAGUAAAAAAACAAAAGACAAAAGAAAAGUUUGAUUUUUUUUAUUUAUUAUUUUAUUGUUUUCUAUAGGAUAGUCAACUUUUCGCAGUUGCUGAUGGCCAAAGAGUAAGGUUUUUGUUAACUUAUCAGUUUGUAAGUGUCAUAAAUAUUAAUUGUCGCUCUAUAUCUACCAAUAAUACGUUUUAGUGAGAUACUAUUUAAAUUAGUUUUAUGAUCAAAGAGCUUAGUUUUAGAGUGCAAUGUAGUACAGUAAUGAUUGAAAAAAUGAACAAAUAAAUGUUCCUUAAAAACCUGUCUGAAAAUGAUGUAAGUUUUUAGUCCAGUAAGUGGUAAUCUUGUAACUAGCAAUAUAAAUGUUUGCUUAGCAAAGAUUUCACAACCAAAGUACACAUGUGUGACCUGAGAGUGGACAUUUUUACAAUUAUAAAGAGUUUUACUUUUCAUCAUGUUGAUCCUUUAGUGGCCUUACAAAUUUUUGUGUCAAAUAGGAUGCCGUAGACUUUAUAAGGUUAUUGUACAUUUUAUUUACUAAAAUGAAGUAUAGUUCGGAAAACGGAUGGAUGGAUGGAUGCAACAAUGAAUAAUCUUCCACCCCAGAACUGUGCAAAACUGCCAGAUGCUAUUAAUCUUCCCAAGUCUGACAAAAUCUGCUUCUCGAUGCAAUAGAAUCUUGCAAGAGUUCAUAAUUCAAACGCAGGAAUUCAAUACAAGGGGGGCACAGCCCAUGGAAACAGCCCUAUUUAUGUAAGCACCCCUCGACCGAUGACUCAUCACUCGCUGGAAACACUGAGCAGCAGAAUUUCGAAGGUCUGUUCUAACUCGAACCAGCUCUGAAGUGCUGCUCUUAAACCAGCAGAGGACGCUUCAGGGUGAGGUCUAUGAAGUUCCAAUAUUUACAUAUCAGACACUCUAUCUAUUCAAAGGGUGACGGAUAUCAUCUAUAAAGAGAUAAAUUGAAGAUUUAAUACAUUCAGUCCUCCUGAAAGCUGCUGUAUGUGUGAGUUUGUGUGACUCAAAGGAGUAUGGACACUCUUGGCAAAAGUUUAGGAAACAUUGAGUUGCUCCUGUUGAAAACACUCAGAAUAAGUCCUAGCGGAGAUAGCACUCUUUCUUACGAUCCUGGGACCCCUGCCAGGACACUCCCCAGAACCAAGGGAUGGAAACUGAAACACGGUCUUUCAGUAAAAACCAGAGGGAGGUGACUUUUUUGGUUUUUCCCACUAACGGUGGGGAUAGCCUCCAUAGCUGAUGUCACGUUGCAGCAAUCCGUGUGUUUGGAGGGCUGAGGAUCUGGACGGCCGGUCCCUUCACAGGAGGAGAGCCACUCCCCUUUCCUGAGCUGAGCUUGGAAACCCAGGCUUUAAAAGUUUUGUUUCACAUAGAAGCCAGUCUCUCGCCUGACUUGCACACACCAGCUUGUUCUUCUCGGACAUCUCCAGCCUGCGUGCCUCAGGAUGACCAACUCCAAAUCUUCUCAGACGACACGUAACAUUGUGAUCGCCUGCCUGGCCCUGUGGUCCAUCAUCUCUCUUAUCAUUAUUGUGGUGUGGGCCACCUCGCCUGAGAUGAAAGGAGCCAGUCAGUGUCGGACGGAGAUGCAAGACCUCAGGGAGAGGCAUGAAGGGGCAAAAAUCGUGUGGAACAAAGACCGAAAAGCUCUUGAGGAUCUGGUGAGACAGGGAUGGAGGAACCAGACCGCUUUGCAGAAGCAAAUCGACCAGAACAAGGAGCAAAUACAGUCUCUGACCAUCUCUUUGAAUGACAGCCUGCAAGAAAUCGCUAUCCUGAACCAAAACAUCACAGUUUUGGACAGCAAAAUUGAAAAAUACAAACUCAUCGAGGAGAACCUCACUGCUGAAAUCAGCCUGCAGAAAGACCAGAUUGAAGCCCUGGAACACAAUUUAACUCUGAAGGCCCAGGAGUUGGCAUCAUGUGAGGCUUUACACCUCGCUUCUAAACAGCUCCAAAUUGCUGCAGAGAAGCAGAAACAGGGCUGCGAGACCACCAAGCAAUAUUUACAGAAGCAGCUCACAAGGUGCAAAAACGUGGACCACAAUGAAAAUGAACUUGGAUAUCAUCUUGAUCUCACUGACAGCGGAGGCCAAGGAAUCACCACAAGUAGUGUUACACUGGCUGUGAUCGUUUGCCUUAGUCUGCUUUUAGGAUCAUAGAUGAGAGCAAGGCUGGAUGAUGGAGUAUUUGGGUACAUGUUUCGCUGCAACACUGUUCUGAGCACACUGCUCUGGUGCACUUGUGACCCUGGACUUGAAACAGGUGUAAACCAUCAUUUGGAAGUGCUGAUGCAAAAUUUAUGAUCAUGUGUAAUUAAUGAAGGUAUUUGUGUUGCAACCAUUUUGGUGGCAUGUUUGAGAGCAUGGAGAAUUUAUUCACCUUCAAGAAAUAUAUGCUGUAAUUCAUUGCUGGUAACUUUUUUUUCUUUAGACUUUUUUAUUUGGAAAUAAAUAUAUUGAUUUUAGGGUCUAGAUGUUUCGGAAUUGUAUUUAUAUUUGUUUGGAGUAACCAGGCUAAUAUGCCAAUGAGAUAUUAAUGUUACAAGCUAUUCAGAAAUGUAAUCGCACUGUCUGAAUUUUUUUUUUCUUUUUUUUUUUUAAGAAAUUCAUGACCUUUUGAAAGCUAUUUUUGAAUAAAGUUACAGUGUUGACUCUCUAA